AUGGAUGUGGCUAUAGAAUUCUCUAAGGAGGAGUGGCAAUGUCUGAAUUCUGCUCAGAGGGCUUUGUACAGAGAUGUCAUGUUAGAGAAUUACAAUAACCUGAUAUCUGUGGGUGUUGCUGUUUUAGAUCCAGAUGUAAUCCUCUGUCUUGAACAAAACAAAGAACCAUGGAUUAUUGGUAGAGAGGAUACAGAAGGAAGAGAACCAGUGUUAGCUGCCUGGAAGUCAGUUGUCUCUUAUUUGCAUGCAGAUGAAGAUGUAGAACUCUCAGCUCCUCCUGAACCUUGCCUUCCUGGAUGUUGCCAUAAACUAGCCUUGAUGGUUCAUUGCAGAAUCCAUACAGGAGAGAAACCUUACAAAUGUAAUGAAUGUGGCAAAUCAUUUACAUGGAACUCAGGCUUUAAAGUGCACCAAAGAAUCCAUACAGGAGAGAAACUUUACAAAUGUAAUGAAUGUGGCAAAUCAUUUACACAGAAGUCACACCUGCAAGUUCACUACAGAAUUCAUACCGGAGAGAAAAAUUACAAAUGUAAUGUAUGUGGGAAAUCUUUUACACAGAACUCAGACCUGAAAGUUCACCAAAGAAUCCAUACAGGUGAGAAACCUUACAAAUGUAAUGAAUGUGGCAAAUCAUUUAUGCGACAUUCAAACCUUCAAGUUCACUACAGAAUUCAUACUGGAGAGAAAAAUUACAAAUGUAAUGUAUGUGGGAAAUCUUUUACACAGAACUCAGACCUGAAAGUUCACCAAAGAAUCCAUACAGGUGAGAAACCUUACAAAUGUAAUGAAUGUGGCAAAUCAUUUAUGCGACACUCAAACCUUCAAGUUCACUACAGAAUUCAUACCAGAGAGAAAAAUUACAAAUGUAAUGUAUGUGGGAAAUCUUUUACACAGAACUCAGACCUGAAAGUUCACCAAAGAAUCCAUACAGGUGAGAAGCCUUACAAAUGUAACAAAUGUGGCAAAUCAUUUACACGGAACUCAUACCUUCAUGUUCACUACAGGAUCCAUACAGGAGAGAAAAAUUACAAAUGUAAUGAAUGUGGAAAAUCAUUUACACAGAAAUCACACCUUCAAGUUCACUAUAAGAUCCAUAAAAGAGAGAAGCCUUACAAAUGUAAUAAAUGUGGGAAAUCAUUUACACAGAACUCAUACCUGAAAAUUCACCAAAGAAUCCAUACAGGUGAGAAGCCUUACAAAUGUAAUAAAUGUGGCAAAUCAUUUACACGGCACUCAAACCUUCAAGUUCAUUACAGAAUUCAUACCGGAGAGAAAAAUUACAAAUGUAAUAUAUGUGGGAAAUCUUUUACACAGAACUCAGACCUGAAAGUUCACCAAAGAAUCCAUACAGGUGAGAAGCCUUACAAAUGUAAUGAAUGUGGCAAAUCAUUUACACGGCACUCAAACCUUCGAGUUCACUACAAAAUUCAUACCAGAGAGAAAAAUUACAAACGUAAUGCAUGUGGGAAAUCUUUUACACAGAACUCAAACCUGAAAGUUCACCAAAGAAUCCAUACAUGA